UUUUUUCAGCCGGCUGCUUGGCACUUUUCUCUGGGUUCUUGUGCCUCGUGGUUCACUCAACGCACUGUUUUUUCUGUGCAAGUGCUCUCCUCCAGGUGCGGGAGUGUUUCUUCCUCUCAGUCUUUUUAUGCAGAGAUGUGCAGGCACCGGAGUACAGUCCGUGUGUCUUAAUCGCUCCUUGAAUGUGAAGGCGUGUGCAGUUUCUUUCCUCGUUUUCUCUCUUCUUGUCUCCAGUUUUGUUCCAGAAAAACGACCUCCGUGGAACCCUGAGACCUAAAUACCCCAAUCUACGUCCUGGAACCCCUUGCCAGCGUCGCCUUCUGUCUUCCGUUCUUCGCCUUUUCGUUUUCUGUCCUGUUGCUCUCUCGUUUUUCUCCCGUGCUCCUUCUUCUCUGCCUGUUGUUCGCGUUUCUCAUUCUUCUUUGUCUCUGUUUCACAUCGCAGAGAGCGCCCGUUCGGUCUGGGCGUGGCAACGGCGUGUCUUGUGUUGUUCGUCGCGCCUUUGUUUAAGCUCGAGCAGCCAGCAACCUUUCAGUUUCGACCGCGUGCGUUUAGACGGAAAUCAACAUGGCCAGGCGCUACGAUUCCAGAACCACAACCUUCUCGCCGGAGGGGCGUCUCUACCAAGUGGAGUACGCGUUAGAGGCAAUUAACAAUGCGUCUUCAACUCUCGGAAUUCUCGCGACCGACGGAGUCGUCCUCGCAGCAGACAAAAUGGUCACUUCCAAGCUGCUGGAUCAGGGCAGAACGAAGGAAAAGAUCUACAAGGUCGACGACCACGUCAUGUGCGCCGUUGCCGGCCUCACGGCAGAUGCAAACAUUUUGAUUAACCAAGCGCGCCUCACUGGACAGCGCUACCUCUACGCGUACGACGAGCCUCAACCCAUUGAGCAACUCGUGCUCCAAAUCUGCGACGUCAAACAGUCGUACACUCAGUUCGGUGGACUGCGUCCAUUCGGAGUCAGCUUUUUGUUUGCGGGGUGGGAUCGACACUACGGCUUUCAACUCUACCACACAGACCCCUCUGGAAACUACUCUGGAUGGAAAGCGACGGCGAUUGGAGUAAACAGCCAGUCGGCGCAGUCGAUUCUGAAACAGGAGUGGAAAGAGGACCUAGAUGUCGACGGAGCUUUGCUGUUGGCGGCGAAAGUGCUCAACAAGACAAUGGACACGGCAGCGCCAACUGCAGACAAACUGGAGAUUGCGAUUGUGAGGAAAGACCCGGCUGACGAUUCGCGUUUGAUUCAGCGCCUCCUCUCAAACGAAGAGGUUACGGCUCUCAUCAAAAAGGCGCAAGAGCUCCAGGCUGAAGAACAGGCUCCGUAAAAAUGAGACGGACCACUGAAGCCAAUGGUCAUUCACCGUCAUAUGUGACGGGGGGGUUCUGCUGCACUUGUGCCGUCGUACGCAAAGUGUUAGAAAAAGACAAUCGAUCAAGUGCGUGGGUGUGUCGUUUGUGGGAUGGUGGUGAAGCUACCAGUGAGUGUCGUGUAGAAAAACGAGUUCUGUCUGAAAAGAAAAACGUUCGAGUUUUACGAACAAACAGUAGAAUUCGGGGAAACGGGGGUCACAAGAGCUGCCUUCUAUUUCGCCGGCCCAGAAAAAGUCACACCUCGGGUCGCAACAUCGUAGAUUCCCGUACACGAGAGAAUCUGCUUUUUCUCCCUUUCCAAAGUAUAGGAAGUGCCUUCGACUCAGGGACACAGCGUCAGAGGCUCGUUGACAGGAACAAAUCUGCUGUUGCUUUCGCAAAACAUAAAUGUGCCUUUAGCCAGACCGUGCUGUUGUUUGAAGCUGGCGAAUCCGCGGCUGGAAACAAAAGUGCAGCCGGAAAAGAAGUGGAGGACUGCCACGAAUGUAGGCGAACGAAUGUGCGAUGUAGGAACGUCACAUCGUCGGUGCUUUGGAGGUGCACUAAAA